CCACUCCCUGAUCCAGUGCAGUAUCUCUGGGUUUUCUAGUGAUAUCAGCUGCAUGAUAGAUCUGAUUUCAUUGUCUGGGGUAUUUUUCAUUCUGAAGAAACUGGGGUGGGUGAGUUAACUCUUCUGCGUCUGUUAAGCAAACCUAUGAUCUGUCGAGAUUUUUUUUUUUUUUUAGAGCUUAAUACAUUUUAUAUUGGAUUUUAUUUAUUUUACAUUUAUCAUAAACUUUAUGGAAGCAGGAAGCCUCCCCCUACACCCAGCCACACACAUUCUUCACUGCCCUGCUGUAUACAUCACUCACAGCUACCCACACACACCCCACACAGCUUAAUCACAAGUGUCGCUAUUUUGGGCCCAGAUCCCUGUGUCCCUCUUUUCUGUCCUAAUGUCUCUCUUUUAUUGAGGGCCAUAUUGUUGGGUCUGAGUGUGUGAAUCACAUAACUCCACAACCAUAAUACUCACGGUAGUCUUUAAACUACAAUAUAUGUGUUUAGGAAUCAGUCUGUGUAAAUACAUUAUUGUUCUAAAUUUACACUUUAGCUGCAUACAUUAUUAGUAAGUCACCUACAAUUUCUCAGAAUUCAUUGGCUCCUGGUCACACCCCUAAAAUGAAAGUGUCCCUCUUUGCACAUUUGAAAUGUAUGCAGCGCUUCAACACUUACAGCCACCCUAUACCUAAACCUACACACAGGGUUUUGCACUAAACUUUGAAUUCCUGACAAUUCUAAGUUAAGGCCAAAACAACAGAACUGGAAAAAUUCUCCAAGCUAGAUUUGCAUCCAGUUUCUCUUCUUUGGCCUUAAAUUUGCAAUUCACUUUGAAUUUUCUGACAAGUUUCAAUCUAGUGAAUAACACUGCAUACAGAGGGUUAGGGCCUAGCCGCUGAUCAGACUGGUGGCACUAAACAAGCAGAAACCCGCUAAAAAGCGACAUAUUGCUUACAAAUCACACCAAAAUUACUAAAUUAGUGCAGCAGAGCAUUGGUGAUAUCCAACACUCAACCUGGUGGAGUUUCUUGCUCAGAGAAGCAUUCUGAAUCCAACUCCGAAUUGCGGCAUACCAGCAGAAGCAAGCACGGGGUGAGCAGUCCUGCAGGAAUACACUGAAGCGCUUGGGACCCCAAUUUCCUCCCCUGCCGGUGAGGAAUAUCCCGGCACAAACAAUCAACAUACAGGCUCUACUGUAAGGUAACAAGGGGAGCUAGGGAACUCACCUGAUCCUGUUACAUCGCACUAUACCGCGGGCAGAGCCAAGAUGGUGAUGAUGGUGCUGACCACAAUGACACAAGGCCUGCUGGAUAGUUUCGAACAGCAGCUGGAUGUGAUCUUCAGCGACAUUUGCACCAGAACACCCACAGACCAAAGCAGCCGAGGAAGAAGGCGACACACCUGAAAACCACAUCCAGUCCCGAAGUGCCCAAUGCUCACUACUGCCUUCCGAGGCCUAGAGCCUGAAGGGGGCCAACCCUGGUGCAUGACCCACAUCCUUGACAGAAGCAACCAUGAGCUCAAGUGGCGAAAGCAUCUCAUCAAGACUAUGCUCAUGGUGGCAUGGGAAACCGGAGCAGUAGGGUCCGCACAGAGGCUCUUGAGACCGCCUGGGGCUGGCAGAGCGGCCUAGCAUGGACUUUCUGGGAAUUGUCUCCAUACCUGACUCAAAUAGUCAGCAAACGUAUCUGGUUAAAGCCAGCCAGAGGGGUGCCAUACACAAGCUGCAUACUUGGCGAAGUAAAGCAACAUGCCACCUUACUUCACGAUGAAGUAUCACCCUGGGUCCUAGCAACCAUUGACUUUAAAGUUUAUGUUGAUGCCUGUUUUCUUUUUUUUACCUUACCAUCCUUAUCUUGAAGUAGCUCGUUGUACAGUGACGCUAGCGUGUUAUUCAUAAUUUUCAACUCUCCUAAUGUGCUACUUCUCUGCAUUCUUAUCAUACUUAAGCAUGUUCCUUACACUCGACUAAUAGAAGUAACCAGUAUGUCCAGUCAGCAAAACGCCACUAUACUUAGUUCUAAUUUAUAGCUGGAUAUGUAUAAUUCAACCUGUUUAUGGCAUAUUAGUAAUAUAAAAAUGUGCUUAGAUAUUGAAUGCCUUCCACUAUACGAAUGUACCUCUUUUGUCUUACCAGUGCUGUUGGGGCAUAGUAAGAUUGUAUGUUAUUCAUAUGCACGCAUAAAAUAACACUGCAUGCAACCUCACACUCUGUCUUUUAAAAGGAACAUUCCGAGCACCAAUAUCCCUACAGAACCCUUACCUGGGUUCUGCCUGGUGCCCACUCCUGCCAAUGAACCAGGCCUGGCUGUGCAGGGCUCAUUACGGUUUCAGCCAGUGAGCUGGCCCUGCAGGAGAGGCACCUGUAGGCUCCCAGCAUGACCCAGUUGUCAGACCAUUCUUUAUUUAAUUUUUAUUGCAAGGUCAUUGAAGUACAAAAAUGCAGAGACAUGCCAUCACAGUAAUACAAAAGUUACAAUGUCACAUAACAUAAACAUAUCUUAAAAGAUAAAAUCAGACAAUCAUUACAUGCAUGUUGACAUAUGACGAGUUCCCUUGUCAGUGCAUCCUAGUUGCAGCUAGAUAUCACCCAGGUGCUAAACCCCAGGAUUAAAGCUAACCUCAUUUUGAAUUUCUCAAACAUAGGUAGAUGGGGGAAACUAAAAUACCUUAAAAAGCUAAACAAAAAACCUUGAUUAAUGGUAAGUGAUGCUACGUACAGCGUUUAUAAGUCUUCGACGUGAGAGGUGUAACUGUUGUCAAUAAUUGGUAAGAGCUGGACAGUGCCAGAAAAUGACUUAAUAUGCCCAUGUCCUGGCAGCAAUGCCAGUAAGUCGACUGGGCAUCAGGGUAAAUGCGAGCUGAGAGAUCAGGUACUACUGCAUCUAUAAUUUGUAGGCCGCCUCUACAUGGUCCAAGCAAUGAAUGGCUUCCUUCACUUUUGCCAUUGCAUCAUGCCAUCUGCUCGUUUCCACUCUACAAUUAAUUUUCCUUUUUCCACUAUUUGUCAGACCAUUCUUAAAUGUUUUGACUACUAGGCAGAAGGAGACCCCCAAGUGAGUGCAUAAAGUUUAUUUGUGGUUUAAAUUUUAUGCAAUACAGUCUGAUAAGUUUAAUAAUUGUAUACUAAAUUUUCCUUUGGUGUUUCUACUAAUCUAUAAUAGAUACUACUAAUCUAUGAUCUUUGCCAAUCUACUAAUCUAUGAUUCUGGGAAGGGUGCUUGGAUAACGAAAAAUAUCCUGGGAGUGUAUCAGCACAUACUUUAUAAAACUCCUGCAAAUGAUGUCCCUCUAUAUUUUUAUUUCUUUGUCAUUUGUAUAUAGUUUGUUUACCUUUUUGCAUUGUGCGUUUUGUAAGAACAGCUUAAGAAAAACUCUCAGUGAAAUGAAAACCUGCCUGUGUGUGUGUGUGUGUAUAUAUAUAUACUUUUAUUUUAUUUAUAUUUUUUUUUUGGUGCUGAUAUAUACACAUUUGUUUUUUUUUUUUUUUUUUUCACAGAAAUGUUACAAAGCACUUUUUUGUGUCAAAAACCUGAAAUACAUAUUUCCAUUCCCAAGAGCCGAGCACACAGUUUAGUGGAUUUGUGCUUACACUGGUGCAGCCACUAGCUAUAUCAAACAAGGAGAAAUGCACUCUUGGGAAUUUUCAAAUCAAAUUUUCGCUGUUUUAGGAACUCCAAAUGCAGGAAACUGAAACACUGAUAAGCUUUUGGAGUUCAUAAAACAGUAAAAAUUUGAUUUAUGCACUUCACCUUAUUUAAUUAAAAGGACACUCCAGGUACCAAAAAAAUUCAUCUAAAUUAAGUUAUUAUGGUGCCAGGAGGCCCCCAGAAACACUAUAACCACAAGGGGUUAAUUUGUUCUCGACUGGUUUAACCCCUAAGUUGCCUCCAAUGGCCAAGUCCACUAUUGGGAAGACUGCCACUACAGGUAGACUUUUUUUUGUUUUGUUUUUUUGGUCAAUCUUUCUUUUAUUGAGGCAUAGAGUUGCAUGGGAACAGAAGAAAGAAGGGGAGACCGUUAAGAUACAUUCCAAACGGGGGUAUAACAAUACAGUUGAUAUCAUCUCCGUGAAGCGUCUGCCUCUUUUAUUUAUUUAUUUAUUUAUUUAUUUAUUUAUUUUAAGAAUAAGUAGAUUAACACAUCCAUAACUGUAAGGUACAAUUGUCAAAAAGCUGCUUUGGUAACAGUAUAGGUAGUGUGGGUACAAUAUGCUAGAUAAUUAAACAGGCUAGUGUGGUUAGAUUAGUUAGUAGUAGUAGUGUGUGUGUGUAUAUAUAAUGUACAUAGACUGCUAUCCAAGACGUGCUAUAUUCUUGUGUUCAAGCCACUGAUUACAAACAUGACUUUUCGUGAGACUAUACAGGCUAGUGACAUCAGACUGAAAAUUGCUAGGCAGACGUGUCUGUGAGUAAACAGGUAGUUAUACAAUGAAUCUUGCAUGCAUUGAGGACAUUAUACCACUGGGUUCUGGGCCUAGGAAUAGUAAACUGCGCAACUGAUUAAGUCAAAAUUAUAAGCAACUAAAUAAACAAAGCUUAGCUAGUACUUCCUCAACAAUAAAUCGGGAGUCUCUUAUCAGGCAUGUCCCUUCGCUCAGUGUCUUCAGUGAGUUACCAGGAGCUCUGGGUGUGGUUUUGGGUGCCCGGUCAUCCGAUCCCCAGUAGCGGCAGAGGUGAUACAAGUGUAGGGGGAUCCCAACGAUUAUCUACCGCAGUGCCGUUUCAUGGCUCUCUUCCAGAUCCGAGUCUGCAGAUAGGUAAGUAUCGCUAGUCCAUUGUCCCUGGUGUUCAUGUGGAUCAAGUCCGUCCCCUGCCUUAGGUUUGUGGUGGGUCGUGGGUGGCUGCGGUCAUGGCGGGUGAUCUUCCGCUUGCGUGGCUGUUGCAGGGAGGCAGUGCCUCCUAGGUGUUUUCAGCCCGGAAGGGUGAGCAGCUUUGGGGUUAGUUGGCUGUUUGCAGUGAGUGUCGAGUUCAACCGAUGGACAAAAGGUUCAGGAGAUUGUCCUCCAGCCCCAGGCUGUUGUGAUAGCCGACACCCUCUGCCCAAGAACUCUGUACCUACGUGCGGCCCAGUCCUGGCCCCCCAAGGGGCAGUUGGAAAAUCGCGGUGACAUCCGCCGCCUGCAGCGUGCGUUCCUCCCCCCGUGUGGUCGAUGUCUCGAGGCCAUGCCUCUAUUGGCUAUCAGACCGCCGGGCAGCCAUUGGUGCGAUGAGGCGUUAUGGUAAGUAUAUUGCCCAGAGGGCUAUCUCCUGCCUCCCGUUCCGUACUGUGGUUGGGUUGGUCGGCAGUGGCACGGAUCUGUAGUUUGUCCCAAAAUGCCUGGAAAAAUGCGUCCAGUCUGGAUUCAAGAGUGUAUGGGAUUGGCCCUCGUGCCUGUGCGGGAGUUUGUGGUGCUUGUGGUAGGGCCUCCGCCAUUUUGUGAGGUCGGAGUACCUUGAGGCGUCUAUGUCCAGUCAGUUGGGGUAAUGGCUGGUGCCUCAGUCCGUUCUCCCAGUGGGGACCGGGAUAACCCCCACUGGUCCGGGGGGGGGGGUGUUAGGAGACCAGUGGAGUCGCUUGGUACGUCUGGUGUCAGGGUGAGCGGCCGUCUCUCCCCGGCUCCAACUUUAGUAGGCUGCACUCGGCUUUUCGUCCUCCCAGCCCUGACGGGUUUCAGAGGGGUGUCUUUCGGUUCCAUGGCGCACUCCCAACAUGGGUAGCGCAACCCUGUGAGUCUGUGGGCUAUGUAGCCGCUGAUUUUACUCCGAAUUCAGCCCGUCAGGCGAGAGCUCGUGUUGCCCACGUCUUUACUGCUUGGCGGUCAGGCUCCGCCUCCCACUACAGGUAGACUUAACCACCCAAUGUAAACACUGCCAAAAAACAGCAGUUUUACAUUGCAGUAUUAAUACUAAAAAAAACACUUCAUUAAGAUGAAGUGGCCUGGGUGACUUUAUUGGUACUUUAAGUACAAAAUAAACAACAUUGCUGUGUCCUUAAGGACUAUAAGCCUCCAAGCACUAUAACCACAUUAAUGAGAUGAAGUGGAUGUAGUGCAUUUUUAAAAAAAAAUAUUCACAUAAUCUAGGCAAGGCAUAGACUCUCCUACCCCCAUAUAGGAAGAGGUAUGAGUAGCAGUUCAUUCCUUAUGAAGAUCUCCAAACCUAUUGGACCAUUCUAUAAAACUAUUUUCCAUUCUUAUAGCAGACUGAAAUAUAUUCUUAUCGAGUGUCAGAGUAUUGAAACAUAAAUGUAACUUAAAAAAAAAAAAAAAAAAAUUAAUAUCGGGGUAACUUCUCCAUGCCCAUUAUAUAGGCUCCACUCUUUCCAAUAAAAGUAGUCUGGUCAUUAUGGGAAAUGCAGUCCACAAACCUGAAGUAAAAUGUGGGCAAAUACUGAUGCUUAACAGUAAUCCUGUUUCGGGUCUGUGGACCAUACUUCCCAUUAGGCUCAUCCACCAGGAGGGCAGGAUGAGUAUUGUGGAAAUGUAGUCCACACUUGUCACUGCAGCUGUUAUUAGACCAUGUUUUCCAUACAUUUUUCAAUUCUUGCUAAUUGCAUCAGCAAUUUUUUUUUUUUUUUUUUAAAGGUGUUUUAUUUAUUUUUUGCAAAUGCACCUUGAUUAUUUCUAGACUUCAGAAAUGUCAAGUCUCUCAAAUUUGCUAAUUUUUGUUUGUUGUCCUCUUUCAGAGCGAACCCUAUGGUUAUGGCGCAGAAUCUGACCUUGAGACAUCAGGAGUGCAAACAAUAUAAAACUGUGCUAGUGGGGAGCUCUGGUGUGGGAAAGACGAGUAUGGUUUAUCGACUUAUGAUAGACGCACCUCAUGAAGUUUCUUCUGCCACUGGAUGUAAGUUGUCUAUCCGAAAAGUUAAAUAAUCCUGUCACAUUUGGAUAAUAUUAAGUUACUUAUGGGUACACACAGAAUGAAUGCAGUGUGUGUAAUGUCACUUAAUUGUAUCAGUAAUAUUUCAUUAAAAGGUGACUUUACUUGAGAACUAUUAUCCAAUAUUUUAUACGAAGACACAAGAUAUCUAAGCAGACUUGCUUCCUAUAAAACCACAUUGUGUCACUUGUUCCAUCCCCCUCCCUUCCAAUUUUAAACCACUUUACUCUAAGAAAGUAAUUUCCAUGCUUGGUAUUUGGGAAGAAGGGGGAGGUGGAGGGCGGCAAACUUAAUUUAAAUUUAUUUAUUUAAAAAAAAAAAAAAUUUAAUAUCAACUUUAGAUAAAUGUUUGCUGCUUAUAGACAGGUUUUCUUAGUUCACUCUUGAUUUCACCAUCUGUCACCACUGAUACCGACCACCACGUAAUGUAUACAGGUUUACAAACGGUCUGUACAUUAAGAAAAAAUGUCAUUUUCCUAUUCAUUGCCUUCCUAUUCACAACUCCACCUGGGCACUAUAAAACAUUUACUCAAUCCAUCCGUACUUCACCUGCAAUCAACUAAGCAAGUUGCCCUUAGUAUUUCUGUACACCUGUUUUGCUAAAUUAACCAGGAAUUUAUUGAAAACUGCAUACUCCAUGUUGGCGUUAUUUAAAUAUACUAAAAUUCAGCAUUUAAAUGUUAAGUAACAUGGAAACUGCUGGCAGUUGUUCAAGACAGCCAUUUGAGUGCUUCCCAACUUGACACUAAAUGAUGGCAUUAAGCAUGUAAAUAAACCAAUGUGUUUUGUAGCAGAGUAUUGUCACUUGACGCUCAAAAUAUCUACCUUGCAUGAUGUGUACUCCAAUGCACAUAUCCCACAAUCCAUUUUAGCUGGUGCAUGUGGCCUAUAUCUGAUGCAUAUUGUGAGGUUUUGAGAUUAGUACACAUUUUCUAGUCUCUUAUGCUGUCAGGACAGUUGAAAUAAGCUAUCUUAAAAUGGCAGAGUGUGUGUGUGUGUGUGUGUGUAUGUAUGUAUAUAUGUAUAUGUGUGUGUGUGUGUGUGUGUGUGUGUGUAUAUAAUUUAUAUUUAUUUAUUCUCACAUCCUUACAUAUAUUGGCACUCCACACAGUGCCUACAAGGAUAAAAUGUUUACCAAUACUUUUUUUUUUUGUGUGUGUUUUGGAGCCAUUUAAACUGUUUGUUUUAAAAUGUUGGAAAUUAGAGAAAGAAAACAUUGACUUUUAGUGAAUUAAAACAGACCUGCAAUGAACGAUGACUUGGAAAAUGUUCUUCCACUUUGCCAUACUCACAGCCUUGCUAUUUUAACCUCAGUUGAACAAUUUUUUUUUUUUUUUUCCCGCUGCAUUUUAUUGUUUAGUACACACACACCCAAAUUGUUUAUACUCUUCUAUCAAAUGGAGAAUGCAGAAACGUAACUCCUUGGUGAAUAAACCCUGUAAAACCUGAAAUAAAAGGCCUUGUGUGUUCUCUGCGAGGCUUCAUUUUGUAUUUAAAUGAUGUAUUUGGAUAAUUCAAACCUAAUUAUACAACAGAACUUCUGUCCUGAGCAACUAUAUAUACUGUAGGUAGCCUAACGGCUAACAACCCGGUAAUAUCAAGAAAUAUCUGUAACAAUGAGUUUUAUGAUUGUGAUUUCUAUAAAGGUCUUAAACACAGUUGUGUAAUGUAAAAGUAGUGAAUUGUAUUGCUUUUCAGUGUUCUGACAAUAAGGCAUGGAUUAAAAUGUAUUUAACACUUAUUUACUUGGUGUAACUGAUAGAAUUUAACGAUCUCUGGCCACUAUUUUGCUAUAGGCCAAGUGUAUCAGCAAGUAUAAAUGAUGAUGACCGAUUUAUACAGAUAAGAAUUCCUAAUUUCUGUAGAAUGCUCAACACUCCCAUCUUGUGGUAGAAAACUACAAUGCCUCUAAAACAAUCCCUUUUUUAUAUUGCUAUAAAUAUUUGUCAAUCCAUCAUAGAAAGAUGUUGCACACAGACCGGGGUGCCAUUGCACCGUCAGUAAUGGAUCAGCUGUGGCUUUCACAGCAACUCCACAGGCGGCCUCUGGCCCAGUCAGCUGCUCACCAACAACCCCAUGAAGAAACUCAAUCUUGGGGUUAAUGGGCAGAUUCUUGAAGGGUUAUUUAUUAAAGUGAGAAUUGUCUGUGUACAAACUUGAGGUCCAAGUAGCCAAAUUGGAAACAUACCUUACAUGGAGAAUUUAAUGUCCAACUAAUUUGGCUGUAAAUUUGUAAUUCACUUCAAAUUCCCGACGGUUAGAACCUUGGUGAAUAACUCUGUUAGAUUAGCCAGGCAAAGAGUUGGGGUGGCUGAAUAAAUAAUCCACAUUUGUGUGACUUUCCAUAUAUAUUUCCUGGUAAGAGCAUGAUUCACUUCUAAGUGAAUUAAAAACAAACUUUCAUAUAUUUUAAUUAUAUUGUCCUAUAGAUUUGUAUCACAAACGUAAUUGAAUUCUGAUAUAUCUGCUAGAUAGACCUUUCGUUUUUUUGAUAGCAGUUGUAUAAUGGAAGCUUUUUCUUGAGCGGGCUUUAUUUACUGCUUCAGUAGCAAUUUAGACACGUUGCAUCAUACGUAUACCUUCUAUAUGAUAACUUUUCUAUAUCAAUAUCUCAGGUGGCUUCUUCAAGAAAAGGAUGUCUAUCCAGGAGGAAACAUUGGAUAUGUCUAUCUGGGACACGUGUGGACAAGAGAGAUAUCAAAGUGUGCUUCACCUAUAUUUCAAAAGAGCCAGUGCAGCCCUAGUGUUGUAUGACAUCACUCGGACGGUUAGCAUUUUUGAUAAUUCUACAUACAGUGGAAUGGUGAUCUGUUGA